ACACACUUACAAAAACUCAAAAUCUCUCAGAUGAAUACAUUAAAGAUGGCUGUGAGUAUAGGGUUGCCAUGAAGUGCACAGGGAGAAACUUCUCUUGCCGUAACACUUUACUUGAUGUUCACUUAAUAGGCAGCACCAUCAAGACACUUUUAGGGCCAGAAACUGACUGCAAAGUUAUGAGAGCAUCAAUCUCCCGUUUAAGUUUUUCCUCAAGGGACCCUUUAUGUAACCGGAUGCCAGAUCAAAUAUCGGUGUCCGAGUUUCUGUCCGAGGCGACGGAGGACUAUAACUCACCCACGACGUCCAGCUUCACGACCCGCCUCCAGAGCUGCAGGAACAGCGUCAGUGUGCUAGAGGAGGCCUUGGAUCAGGACAGGACUUCACUGCAAAAAGUUAAGAAGUCUGUCAAAGCCAUCUACACUUCUGGCCAAGAACAUCUUCAGAAUGAGGAGAUGUAUGCUCAGGCACUGGACAAGUUUGGCAGUAACUUCAUGAGCCGAGACCACUCUGACCUGGGGACAGCCUUUGUUAAGUUCUCCACAUUGACAAAGGAGCUCUCAUCCCUGCUCAAAAACAUGCUUCAGAACCUGAAUCAUAAUGUGAUCUUCACAUUGGACUCUCUGCUGAAAGGAGACCUGAAAGGCGUUAAGGGGGACCUGAAAAAACCAUUUGACAAAGCAUGGAAGGAUUAUGAAACAAAGUUUACAAAGAUCGAAAAGGAAAAACGAGAACAUGCCAAGCAACAUGGCAUGAUCCGAACAGAGAUUACGGGUGCUGAAAUUGCAGAGGAAAUGGAGAAGGAGAGACGCCUUUUCCAGCUUCAGAUGUGUGAGUACCUGAUCAAGGUGAAUGAGAUUAAGACAAAAAAAGGUGUUGACCUUCUCCAGAACCUGAUAAAGUAUUACCAUGCACAGUGCAAUUUCUUCCAGGAUGGUUUGAAGACAGCUGAUAAGCUCAAGCAAUACAUUGAGAAGCUAGCUGCUGAUCUUUACAAUAUAAAGCAAACUCAGGAUGAGGAAAAAAAGCAGCUCACAGCAUUGAGGGAUCUCAUCAAGUCCUCCUUGCAGUUAGAGCAGAAGGAGGACUCUCAGAGCAAGCAGGGAGGUUACAGCAUGCACCAACUGCAGGGUAACAAAGAGUUUGGCAGUGAGAAGAGAGGAUAUCUGCUGAAGAAGAGUGAUGGGCUGCGAAAAGUAUGGCAAAGAAGGAAGUGCUCAGUGAAAGGAGGAAUUCUCACUAUUUCUCAUGCCACGUCCAACAGGCAACCAGUCAAACUGAACCUACUCACAUGCCAGGUCAAGCCAAGCACUGAAGACCGCAAGUGUUUUGAUCUUAUUUCUCAUAAUCGAACAUAUCACUUUCAGGCUGAAGAUGAACAAGAGUUUGUAAUCUGGAUUUCAGUGCUAACUAACAGUAAAGAAGAGGCAUUGAACAUGGCAUUCCGAGGAGAGCAGACAGCAGGAGACGAUGGCCUGGAGGAUCUGACCAAAGCCAUUAUUGAAGAUGUUCUGCGUAUGCCUGGCAAUGAAGUUUGUUGCGACUGUGGGGCUGCAGAUCCAAAAUGGUUGUCGACUAACCUGGGCAUUCUGACGUGUAUUGAGUGUUCAGGCAUUCACAGGGAGAUGGGAGUACACAUCUCUCGCAUUCAGUCCAUGGAACUGGACAAAUUGGGAACCUCUGAACUCUUGCUGGCCAAGAAUGUUGGGAACAGUAAUUUUAAUGACAUUAUGGAAGGAAAUCUUCCAUUUCCAUCUCCAAAGCCUACUCCAUCUAGUGAUAUGACACUUCGCAAGGAGUUUAUAAAUGCCAAAUAUGUGGAUCAUAAAUUUGCAAGGAAGAUUUGCAGCUCUGCAGUGUUGAAGCUGAGCGAUCUGAAUGAUGCAGUGAGAUCACGUGACCUUCUGGCUCUCAUUCAAGUAUAUGCUGAAGGGGUGGAACUUACAGAGCCUCUUCCUGAUGGAGGAAUGGAGGUUGGAGAGACAGCACUGCACUAUGCCGUGAGGACCGCUGACCAUUCAUCACUGCACCUGGUUGACUUUCUGGUUCAGAACAGUGGAAACUUGGAUAAACAGACUGAGAGAGGAAACACAGCCCUGCACUACUGCUGCAUCUACGAAAAACAUGAAUGCCUCAAAUUACUCCUGAGAGGCAAACAUGCUACAGACAUCACCAAUCACAAUGGAGAAACAGCACUGGAUAUUGCCAGGCAGAUGAGGAUUGAUCAGUCUGCAGAGGCAUUGAUGCAAGCUGCAGAGGGAAAGUUUAAUCCAAAGGUUCAUGUUGAGUAUGACUGGAAUCUUAGACUGGAGGAAAUGGAUGAGAGUGAUGAUGAUCUUGAUGAAAAGCCAAGCCCAAUUAAGAAGGACCGGAGACCACAGAGUUUCUGUCACUCAUCCAGCCUGUCUCCACAUGAUAAGCUCUCCCUUCCGGGUUUUUCUGGGCAGCGAGAUAAACCACGCCUUUCCUAUGGCAUGUUCACCAAUCAGGUGUACAGUAUUUCUACUGACUGUCCCACCUCUCCUGUAGGUGAUGCACCACCUCUGCCACCUAGGAAUGCUGGAAAAGCUCCUUCUCUGGCCUUCCUCGGUUCUCAUUCACACUAUGCUACUGUGACUAGCACUCGGCCAUACAUCACCCUGCCAUCGUCGUCAUCCUCCCCUCUCUCCCCUGGCUCCCAGAUCCCUGCUAACAGCAGCUCCAUGCUAUCCAAGAAGAGACCCCCGCCCCCUCCUCCUGGCCACAAACGCACGCUGUCAGACCCCCCUACCCCACUCUCAUAUUCAUCUGUGUGUAAAGGAAGUGACUCCACACCUCCCCCAAUCAAUAAAAUGUCACCCAUGACGAACCGAUUUGAAGGCAUACAACAACAACAAAGCACAGCAUCAAGUACCACUAAAUCUACACUUGGGCCAAGGGUCCUUCCCACACUACCUCAGAAGUUUGUCCUGCGUAAAACAGAAACAAUUCACUAUCCAUCAGUGGACAAACCCAGCCAGCCUUCAGAGCAAGUGCUGUUCCAGAAGUCUCCUCCAGGGUCAGACACACCACAGAAAGUCACUUUAUUGGAUAAAUCCCAGCAAGGGGACUUCAAUCCUAAACCUCAGAUUUCAGAAGUACCACCUAAACCUGGAGAACUUCCCCCAAAACCACAACACUUUGACCUGCCCCCCAAACCACAGUUGGGAGACCUACCACCCAAACCUCAACUCAAAGACCUCCCACCCAAACCAGUCUUUUCUGACCUCUCUAAUUCCAAACAUGUAGUCACUGAAUCUGCACUCAAGCCUCCUGGAGAUGUGCCUGAGACUAAUCAACAAGCUGAACCAUUAUCUCAGCUCACUCACUCCACUGAAGACACCAACGGGAGCCUGGCGUCCGGCCCAGAAACUCCCGUACCGCUUCCGAGGAAAAUCAGUACAGGUAAGAUUAAACUGCGCCGAGUGAAGACCAUCUAUGACUGUCAGGCAGAUAAUGAUGACGAGCUCACAUUUGUAGAAGGCGAGGUCAUUGUGGUAACAGGGGAGGAGGAUCCAGAGUGGUGGAUUGGACAUAUAGAAGGUCAGCCAGAGAGAAAAGGUGUUUUCCCCAUGUCCUUUGUCCAUAUCCUGUCUGACUGACACACAGCCAUCCCACCUUGCUCUUCUCUUAUAAAGAGAAACCUGUAAAUAGCUGUUGGAACCUCUACAGGACUUUUAAAACAAGAAAAUGAGCACCACAAAAACUGAAACCUCUUAUUAACUUCCUCCCCAACACAGAGGUGUAGUGUGAAUGAAUAUCUAGCUUCACCAGUGUUUCCAUUCCUGUUCAGCACAGCUGAAACCUAGUAUUUAGCCACAUCCUUCACUUCAGCUGUUUAAGUGCUUUUGUAUAUGAUGACUGUACAUAGUGAUGUUGGCUGCACACAAAUACAGUAUACACAGGAGUUAGUGUUGUGUGUAAAUAUGCAAACCUGUUAGUGUGGCAAGAAAGUAAAAUGUUGUAUACCUGUA